CGAAUGUUACUAGUUAGUAAAAACAUGGUGGGGACAAGAGCGUGAAUAUCCACGAGAUGCCAUGAUGGAGGAAAUCGCAACAAAUGAUUCAAGUGGAGAAAAUGCAAGUCCAUCUUUUUGUGCUGGAUGUUUAAACGCCAUUGACGAAGACGAAUUUAUCCAGGCAUUGAGCCAGGAAUGGCAUAUUGACUGUUUCCGGUGCUCAGCUUGUGAUGCAGGCUUGUCGUCUUGGUAUUUUGAAAAAGACGGUUUACUAUUUUGUAAAAAUGAUUAUUGGGCUGCAUAUGGUGAGGCUUGCCAGGGAUGUGGCCAAGUUAUCACCGGUCCAGUUAUGCUGGCUGGAGAUCACAAAUUUCAUCCAGAAUGUUUUGCCUGUAAUUCCUGCAGUAAUUUCAUUGGCGAUGGAGAAAGUUAUGCUCUCGUUGAAAGAUCCAAGCUAUAUUGUGGCAUUUGUUACAAAAGGCAAAUGCAGCCACUUAGCAAAACCGCAAACUAUCCAUUUGUCAGGAAUCCACACAGUAUAAGAUUGGUUGAAAUACCUCCAAACACGAAUGGUGCUAAUCAAGAUCCAUGUCGACAAAGAGGCAUUAAACUCUCUUUGGAUACAUCUCCAAGUCCGAGAAGUUGUGGAGGAGCAUUACUACGCAUCUCUGAGUUAAUGAGAAACGUGCGUGGAAAAAUCAGUAAGCUGGCUGCCUCUGUGAUGGAGGUUCUGUUUAGGCUAUGCUGCAACUUCUCUAAUUAUAGACUGAACAUGACUAGUGAUCUUAUGUCAUUACAUAUUGGUGACCGAAUUUUAGAAGUGAAUGGAACACCAGUCAAAGAACAACCCAUCGAAAGUAUAGAAAAUUUAAUACGAUACUCCGACACCGUCCUACAGUUAACCAUCGAACAUGACCCGGAUGCAGUGUCUAGAAGACCAUCUUUUCCAAAUGCUGCUUCAUCUAUAGUUACCAGUGCUCUUUGUACAAAAACUAGCCCAGAGGGUAAAGAAAGGCUAUUUAAACGGCGAGAUGAGGGAUACAUCAGUGGUACAAGGAGUAGGCAACUUAGGAGAACGCAAGAUCCCACUCACAAAGAGCGCAGCAGUUCGAUGUCUAGACUACUUGAUUGUUCCCCACAACCCAGUGCAACAUCUGAUUUGAGUCGUACCAGAUCUUUCCGAGUAGAACCUAAGAAUCAGCGAAUAUUCAGAGCUAGUGAUCUAGUAAAAGGCGAGCUUCUGGGUAAAGGCUUCUUUGGCCAAGUGUAUAAAGUGACUCAUCGGGAUACCGGCGAAGUUAUGGUGCUCAAGGAAUUGUAUCGAGUUGACGAAGAAGCUCAAAAGAACUUUUUGAAAGAGGUUGCAGUGCUGCGUUCCCUGAGUCAUAACAAUGUGCUUAGAUUCAUUGGAGUUCUUUACAAAGAAAAGAAAUUGCACCUUGUAACCGAGUAUAUUUCUGGUGGUACAUUACGAGAUCUCCUCCAUGACACAAACGAACCUUUGCCAUGGGAACAGCGAACUUCAUUUGCAAAAGAUAUUGCUGCUGGCAUGGCUUACCUGCAUUCCAUGAACAUCAUUCAUCGUGAUCUGAACUCACAUAACUGCCUGGUAAGAGAAGACAAAACGGUUGUUGUCGCGGACUUUGGCUUGGCAAGAAUCAUUCAGAACAGCAAUUCACCCGACAAACGCAAAUAUAGUCGACAUUCAGGGGAAACUCGAAGUUCUAAGAGAUGUGAACGCAAAAAAAGGUAUACAGUUGUAGGUAAUCCGUAUUGGAUGGCCCCUGAAAUGAUGAAGGGUAAUAAGUAUGAUGAAAAAGUUGAUAUAUUCAGUUACGGGAUAGUACUUUGUGAAAUAAUUGGUAGGGUUCAAGCCGACCCUGAUUAUCUUCCGAGAUCUUCUGAUUUUGGCUUGAAUCAAAAUGUUUUCAAGGAAAAAUUUUGCACGAAUUGUCCCGAAACCAUUUACAUGAUUGCCUUUUUGUGCUGCGAUUUAAACCCAGAUAAACGACCUCCAUUCGAGGUCAUGGAAGUCUGGUUUGAAGGUCUGGCAAUGCACUUGUCUGUUGGUGCGCCAUUAGCUUCAGACCUAGACUUCGACAUUCGUCAUUAUACUGGGCCCAGCCCAAGUAGCAGUGAAUCAACGACUCCAGAAACGUUGGCGCCGCAAUUGAAGCCAAUUCGUGAAGGACAAGUUCAUCAAGAGAAGAAACGUUCCUGCGGAUGUGAUGAUAGCACCUUAGAGCGAGACCCGAGUCCGGUGAAUAACAAAAAUCCGAAAAUACCAGAGAUAAUUAGCCCAGAUAAAUAUACUAGAGAAAAUGUUAAACUGAAUGAAUCUACUGGCGCCAAAACCUUGGGAAGAUAUUCCCGACAAAAUUCAAGAUCUAAAGAAUCGUUGUCCGAUAGAGAAAAAUCUACCAAUGCAAUUCCUCUAGAAUCUAGUGACCUCAACGGGAAAUAUUCGCGUCAAAACAGUAAAACGAAGUCCAAGGAUACUCUUCCCUCAGAUAUUUCAAAGACUGGCCUAUAUUUACGGCAGAAUAGUAAAAAUAAAGGUCUGACUGAAAAAUAUUACACCAAAAGACAGGACAGUAUGCCUCAGGAAAAACCUGGUAAUUUGUUGUCUCCAUCAAAUGAAAGAUACAUGAAGCAGUUCAGCUGUUCCAAGGAUGUCACUGCCAGAGCAGACAAUUCCAUUGUAGAACAUAGUAAUCAAUGCGUAGAUGCAGUUCCUCCAGAGCCGUUGAUUGAGAAGAUCAAGUUUGUUGGCCAAGCCAACAUCGAAAGUGAUUUGGACAGACCCUUGGUUCCGUGCAAUGUAGGAAAUAAAUUUUCUUAUCAAUUCAAUACUCCUACUGUAACACAUAAAGCCAAGGGGGUGUCUGGGAAAAAUUCAAGCGAAAGCGUUAAUAGUAAGAGCAAAUCAGAUGGUGCUUUCAAUACUUCAGACGCAGCUAGCGUCGUGAGCUCUUACUUACGACAGAUUGCAAAGGGAAAAAUAUCUCCUGAAAAAGAGAAUAGAACUGUGUCUAGAUACAACACUUCUAAUUCUAUGAAUAGUAAUUCGAGUAGAAGCUCUUCCGAGAGUUCCAAAUCGCCAGCUGGAUUGUACUUGAGAAGGACUAAAAUUUCACCAACGAAGGAACAGCUCAAAAACGCAUUUUCACAAGACAGUGCGUCCUCCAACAAAAGCUCAUUCGACAAUGGUUCUAUUGAAAAUACCUCAAAGUUGGGAAAAUCGGGCUUGCUAUUUAGUCAAUCUAAACCUAAAAAGGUUAUUCAGAACGCUAGCUCGAGAAGUUAUGAAAGUACAGUCCCUGGUUCAGACAACAGGUUUUCAUUAAAAGGCAGUCUGGGACUCCCAAACAGCAUGCCCAAAGAAGAUGUGUUCAAGCAACUGGGUGUAGAUCAUUCGCAAGCUGUAGUUCCAAAAAAUGAUAAUCUCUUUAGACAGGAUAGCUUUGGCUCUGAUGCCAGUACUUUAAAGAAAAGUGACCUUUAUCAUACGGAUAGUUUUUGUUCAAACGAGAGUACGUUGAAAAAAGAUGAUUUUUAUAGAUUGAAUAGCAUCGACUCCGAUACGAUAUCUCUACCAGGUGGGGACAAAAGUUUGAAAUGUUCAUGCAAAAUAUCUGGACAGUGUAAAUGCUCCAGAGGUUUUGAUGAAAAUUCGAGUGAUGAAAAAAACCAUUUCAUAGCUCACCAUGAUAUCGUGAAAUCCCUCCAAGCUGAUUCGAGAAUUCCUCCGAAUGAACAAAACGACACACGGCAGGCCUACAGCGGAAGUUUCCGGGCUUCUCAGAAACCGAUAGAGGAUCGUACUAGUUAUAAACAUUUUGAUCUUUGUAGACAGGAUAGUUUUGGAUUAGACAGUGCACUGGGUACCAUGAAAAGUGAUUUCUUUGCUGAUUUAAAUUUAGUUAAGCUCAGGGGUGGCGGAGCAACACCUGAAUUAUGUUGUACCCCAGAAAGGUGUUGCACACCUGAACGGCCUGUUUCACCAGUCGAAAGUACUGCUCUAUGAUCUGAAAUAGCUGCUUUUGGUAUAUGCUAAACAAAGUACAUAGUGCAAUAUAACAAUGGCAAUUUAUUUUCUUCUUGUGUAAUAUAAUGCGUUAGUUUCGCAAUAUGUAUUUGUAAAUAGUAGGAGGUAACAUGUAAUGAGACUUCAUUAUAUGAAGUGAUCUUGGUUGGUAAACGAUAAUAUCAGGAGACUGCAGCCGAUUUCGACAGAGCUCUACGGCGUUUGGAUCGUCUUCACUGAUCUGUUUUUUUAUCGUUCUUUUUUAAUGUGUGGGAUAAUACGAAAAACUGAGCUUACAAGUUGUACUAAUUCUUAUUCAAGUAUACAUAGAAACAAGUGUCGUAAAUUAUUUCCACUAAAGUUUACACGAGCUUGAUGAUAAUUUAUAGAGUCAGGCUGGGUAUUCGUGAAAUUCUUCCUUAGGUAUGUUUGGUUUUUAGAAAACGGACAACAUACAUUCCUACAUAAUCUUGCCCCUAAAUCUAUGAAAUGGCUGGUUUUUUCGAGAGUAAGUGAUCUGGAUUUAUCAUUGCUGCAUUCCAUUGUUAAAAUUUAUCAUUGACAGAAGUGUGUUCUUUGUUAGAAUUUUUUUCAGAAAUAUGAAUUGGAAGACUAUAUGAUUCCUAGAAGGCAAAAAAUGAAUUUUGUAGGGGGGACGAGGCAAGUCUAGAUAAAUUUUAGAACAUUUAUAUGAAGAGAAAACUGUUGAGGCUCAAACUUGUUCUCUCUCGUACUUUAAUAGGGAGGGUUCAUAAUUAAGAUACGUAACUCGUACCCAAGUUACACAAGUAUUAAAUGAAAAGACUGUAGAGAAAACGUGUUUGAGCCCCAAUGAUUAGACAUUUGUGUAAAUUCAAAUCUAUUUUUGGAGUCGAAAAUGCAGGCACAUAGCGAGUUAGCGAAAAAAAAAAUUUUGGCACCGAUUUUGAAUCGAUUAUAAUUGGAUCUUGUAUUGUUUUUUUUUUAUACCUUGAAAUGCAUAAAUAAAUUUUUAGUACGUAAAGUAACUAUAAAAACCAAACCGCAGAUGAAAGUCUGUGUCUGUAUAGAACUCUCUACGUGUACAUAAAUCUGUACAUAGUUUUUGGCCUUCUGAAAUUAGGUUUCACAACGAAGAUGAAAUACAUCCGUACUAGUGUUGAAGUAUACUAAAGAAGCCUAGCACUAACACAUUUUUGUUUUUCAUCUAGACCUUAUCAUUAAGAAAAAAUAUUAAUCGCAGGAUAAAAUAAAUUAUAUAAUCAGAUCUUAUUUAUCGUCUUGUAAUGUUCUAGCUGUUUUCGUUAUUAUUUAAGUUCGUAUGCGCAAUGCAGUAUUUUUUUUUUUUAGUGAGUAUUGUUUACAAAAAAUUUAAAUUUAAUACCUGUGUGAUUGUGACCGUUGAAAGACUGCUAAUAAUUCCAUUAAAGAUGGCUUAUAAUCUCAGCUUUUUUUUAGAAUUAGUUUCGACAACUCGUCAGUUGUCUCUAGAGUGUUGACAUAAUUUAUCACCAGCUAGAGUGCGAUUAUUAAUCUCAUUUCAUUGAUUCUACCCUGCGGUUGAAAUAUAAUUAUCUGUUACCUAAUUUACAAUCAAAAUGUACUUAAUGUAUUAAGUUAUCGUAUAAUUGAACUACAGAAUGAUUGUCGACAAAAAAUGUCGAAUUGAAACCGCGACAAUGAGCCCAUAAAAAGAAACAAAUUGUAUACGUCAGUGAUGAAAUGUUUAUUUUUUUGGGCGCCUAAUUGAUGAAUCAAUUAGACUCAUUAGAACUUCACAUCCUGAGUGCAUUCCUUCUUAUGCUGUUGAUAAAUAGUUUCGGUGGCAUUGUCGUAAUGGUUUCAAACAAAUGUAUAAGCGUUAAACGUUGUCUGUGAUAGAAAGUGUUGCGAAACUGUGUAGCAAACAAUCAAGUAUUUGUAAUUAUUAACUGGCUACAAUGAAGUUUAACAUGAAUAAUAUUAUUUACAAUACUCAUAUUCAAAUAUAACAGAACUAAAUACGUCUACUAUAGUUGAAUGAAAUCUAACAUUUAAUAUCUUUUUUUUGUAUAAAUUUGAGUUCGUAUCAAUGAUGAUAAAUGAGUAAUAACGGUAAUAUUUCUGAGAUAUUUUUUAAAUAACAGUAUUGAGCAUUCAGUGUUGUUUGGUCACAUGGUCAGUAUUAAAAAUGUCAAUAAUAUCUUUGAAAAAAAAAUGGUAUUUCAAUAUCUUGUAAAUUUGUACAAAAUACGCCAGCACAGUUGUUAUCAUAUUUUUGAUGCACCACUGACCGUUUAUAGACUUGGUCGUUGUAUAAUAAUAGAGUGGAUUUAUUGAGCUGCUGACUCGCCUGCGUAUGUAAAUCCAAUUGUUGCAAUACUAUAGAUCGGAUAAGAAUCAGGGAAUUGCUGAAUGGCUCAAACAAAAUACACACGCUAAACAAUGCGUAUUUCAAUGUUCCAGCAUCUUACGAUAUUAAAACGAAUAACAAUCUUCAUUACUUGUGCAACGUUGAAACUAUAAUAGGUAUCCUGAUAAACGGAAUUUCUCACUAACGUUUUCAAAUUAAAAAAUAAAAAAGUGCCACGCGUGUAGAUUUUAGUUCAUUGAAUAUUUUAACAACGUUGUUACGUCGCGGGAGAUUUUCCAAGUUGAAAUUUCAAGAAGAAAACCUAAAUUUCGAUAUCGCCUUCUGACUUUUUGUUAAGGCUCUUAUCCGAUGUCUCGUCAUCUAGUUGUAACGUGCAGCGUGCCGUGUGAAACUUAUCAACGAAAAAAAUCAUCCGCUGCGGAUAUAGCCUUUUAUACCUUUGGUACCGUUUAAUUGUAGAAUCAUUUAUCGAUGAUAAUUUUUAACGCACAGUUAUAAUAGUGCUAAACAAUGUGUCCGAUUUAACAUUCCAAUAAUGCAGAAAAGAAAAAUUUCAACAAUAAAACGUUUGUUAAUAAUAA